AUGAUAUCAACUAACCCUCCUAAACGUGCACGCUUAUAUGAGACAGACUCAAGUUUACGAGAACAACAACACUUGCAACAACUUCAUCCUCAACAACUUCAACUAAACUUACAACAAGAACAGCAUAACAUUCAAAGACAAUUAUAUCAACAUAAUCCUGUUCUUGGUGACUUUUCUUCUCAACAACCACCAUUUUCGCUACCUCCUGAGAACACGAAUUCUUUAUCGUCAUUCACGGACCUUAAUAACAAACUUGAAGAGCCUUUAAAUAAACAAGACUUGCAACGACUUGAAAAAGUCAUUGAUUUAAUAUUUCCGAAUAAAUCUAAUGCAGCAAAAGAAGCUGUCUCUAUUCUUUUAAGAUCUUCAAAUGCAUCCUCCACGAAAGAAGACGAUUCAACUUCUAUUGUUCUUGACCUUCCAGUGAUUGUUGAUGAACCUGAUCAAAUAAAGUCAUUAUUAGGUCAUAUGUUAAAUCAUACCUAUCCUAGUUCUUUGGUUGAAUUAGUUGGCAAACUUAAUAAGAUGUCUAUAAAUCCUGCAAGACUAGAUUUUAUGAAUCCAGGCGCAAAUCCACCUUUAAUAAAAUCAGGCACUUCAAAUAAUCCUUCUUUAAUUAAUUUAGAUCCCCCAUCAAAAGAAUUGCGUAAAAAAUUGAUAAAUGAUUACUUUACCAAAUUUAAUGUUGUUGUUCCUAUUCUCGAUCGUAAAAAAUUCGCCGAUAAAUGGAAAGAUAAAUCACAUCUUUCUGAAUUAUUAGUUAAUUCGACUUUAGCUGUAUCUGCGGCAAGGUAUUCUAAUGAUCCGUCGAUACAAAAAACACCUAAUAAACCAGGUGGCGUGUUUUUCGAUUCCGCAAAGAGAUUAUUAGAUGCAAUGUACGAUACUCCAAGGCUUGAAACUGUUCAAGCUUUACUUCUAUUAAGCCAUGCAGAGGUUAGUGUAUCACGCAUAAAUAGUGGAUCAAUGUUUCUUGGUAUGGCCGUACAAAUGGCUCAUGCUUUACAUCUUGAACGAGAUGAAAGUUCUUUUCAUCCGGAAGAGGAUGAAGAAAAGCACGAUGUAAACAUCAAUGUUCCUUUGCCUACAUUGAAUUCUUUCAGCUUUUCAACAAGGAGUUUCUUCAUAGCUUUUGUAAAGUUAUCACGUAUACUUAGUCAAAUUUGGAAAUUUGGUUAUUCUUCUCAACCUAAAACGGCAAAUACAAGUUGGUUGGAUCAAGUAACGGAUCGAAAAAGUAUGCUAAGACAAAUCCGUUCGGCAUUGGCAAAAUGGUUAAAGGAAUUACCGGAUGAAUUACAAUACCAAUAUUUGCCUAAUACCGACCCAAGAAGUCUCCUUCAAUUGGCAACAUUUUCUAUUUUUUCUGGAUAUAUAAAUAUUCUUUUUCAUACUUGUAUAAUUGUACUUCAUCAACCAUAUUUGAAUAGCACUUAUAAGAAUCCAAAAAUUGAAAUGCAAGGUCCAAGUGGUCCAAUUAAAACGUGUCUUACUGCGGCUACAACACUUACAGACAUCGCCAAAACGACGCGGAAAUAUGACAAGGAAUCAUUUUGCAAUUUUCAAUAUCUUAUAUAUGGAUUAUUACAGUCAACGAUGGUAGAAUUAGAUAUUAUUUAUGAGACACAAGAGUACGAACAAAGUGCUAAAAGGGCUUUAGAUGAUACAAUUGAAGAAUUAAGAUUCGCAGCAGAAAAUUCUAAAUUUAUUUCUCUCCAAGAAACUGUCAAAGAAUUAGAAGGGGUAAUAAUGAUAGUUAAUGGAAAAUCUUCAGACAUUGUGAUUCCAUUUCCAGUUGUUAUGCAAAUGAUGGAAUCACGGAAUAAUUUUGAAAAUAAUUAUGGAAAUAUAAACACUUGUAGAAAUUCAGGAUCAUCAAAAUUUUCUUUAUCACCAGUUAGUGAAAAAUUAUCUACUUCAUCCAACACGUCAGAUGAUGAUUUAAAGGUUAAAUAUUCAUCGUCACCUGAGCAUACAGAAUAUCAACCUAAUAGAUCUCCUUCACAAACAUCACUAUCAGAUAAAUUAAAUUUAGCAUCAACAUCCUUAUCAUCACCAUCACAUUAUCUCCAACCGCACUCUUCCCCAAGUCAUAAGCAACAAACGAAUCCAAAUAUUUACAUCAUGUCUUCUGAUUAUCAAGACCAACCUUCAUUACAAUUUCAUCAAUCUCAACCGAAUGUAUCACCUAAUUCAUCAGCUCAAUGGAAUAAUUCACCAUUUUUCAUGAAUGAUGAAAUAUAUGGAUUUGUAAAUACUCAACAUAAUAUGCCGGAUGUGUCACAAAUAACAACAAAUCCCUCAGAAACUAAUGGUACUGGAAUUGAUAAUUUGGCAGAAUUAUAUUCACCAGCUAUGAUGGCAAAUUCGGACAAAAGUAAUUCAAAUUCCGAUGACACAUUGCAGUAA